AUGUUUCGAACUACCCUUUCCACCAUUUUCCUCGCAUUCCUCACCUCCUUCCCUCAGGUUGCCCGCGCCAUACAUGCAGAAGAUGUGAGCUGGGCCGUCUCCAUCCUAAGCGAUCUUCCCGUUACGUUAGCAACGCCGUUUUGCGAGACUUUCGUCGCGUUGUAUGCGCCUACAGGUGUUGGGGCUGGAGCGGGAGGAGCAGGUGGGGCUACAGUUACGGUUACAAGCACGGUUGCGCCGGAGUCUUGUGGGACGGUCACACCCACACCUACACCCCCUACCCCCGUAAUUGUAACAACAUACAGCACAACAACCAUAACCUACAUCACCACCUCUACAUUUUUCGUCGCUCCAGCUGCAUCAGUAACUGGUGGCUACAAGAAACGCGACACUUGGUGUCCCAACGAAGGCGUGCUCUGUAGACUAGCGCAGUACGAUUAUCCCACUAUUUGCGAAGCUUGUGAAGGGUUCUUGGGAAACUCUGGAGCCGUAACUGUCACGGUUACCGCGACGGCGACGACAUGUGGAGCUGCAGCUGGAACGGAGGCAACGGGUGGUUAUGGAGGCGGGUAUGGCACUGAUUACGGAGAUAGAUAUGGAGACGAUGGAUACGACAUCGUGCCAGCGUUUGGAGAUGAUUGA